GUAAAAGACUUUGCUCUCAGCUCUCUCAAUCUGUCUCAGACUCUAGGAACAAAUAAAAAAUGCUUACAUUUCAGACCAGCAAUUGAUGACAGAUUCAAAGACAUUUCCACUUCUGGAGCAACCAACUAGCAAUGCAGAAGACAUAAGACUCAUUCUUUGACCAUGGAGCAACCCCCAGCUGUUGCAGCAUCGAAUCUAUUUACAUUCGCUUUUCCCUUCGUCUUCUUCACAAUCUUCCUCAUCAGAUGGCUUGUUCCCACUACACCGCCAACCCAGAAAUGCUUGCCUCCUUCCCCGCCAGGCCUCCCAAUCAUAGGGAACCUCCACCAGUUGGGCCGCCUCCCUCACCGGUCCUUACAACUUCUAUCCCAGCGCCACGGCCCACUGAUGCUGCUUCACUUUGGGGUCAGACCAGUUCUCGUAGUCUCCUCCGCAGACGACGCUCGUGACAUCAUGAAAACCCACGAUCUCAUCUUCUCCAACAGACCCAGAUUGACAGUCGCUGACAGACUUCUCUACCAAGGCAAAGAUGUAGCUUCUGCUCCGUACGGUGAGCAUUGGAGGAAUGCAAGAAGCAUAUGUGUUCUUCAGCUGUUGAGUACCAACAAGAUUCAGUCUUUUCGCGCCGAAAGAGAGGAAGAAGUAGAGUUGCUUUUACAAGAUGUGAAGCGGUCGGCUUCGCUGUCAUUGCCUGUGAAUCUAAGCGAAUUGUUUGCUUCGCUUAGUGCUGAUGUGAUUUGUAGGGUGGCUUUUGGGAGAAAGUAUGGUGGAGUGAAGUUUAAGGAGAUGCUUGGGGAGUUUAUGAGGUUGUUGGGGGGUUUCUAUAUGAGGGAUUUUGUUCCAUGGCUUGGUUGGGUUGAUCGCAUUAAUGGGUCAGAUGCGAAAAUCGAGAGAGUUGCCAAAGAGUUUGAUAGAUUUCUGGAUGAUGUAGUGGAAGAGCAUAUGAGUGUUUUGAAAAUGAAAGAAGAGAAUGGAGAUAGGAGUGUUGACGAUGAAGGUGGAAAGGAUUUUGUGGAUGUACUACUUGAAGUUCAAAGCUCUGGCACUGAUGGCUCUUCAAUUGAUAGAGAUAGCAUUAAAGGUAUCAUCUUGGAUAUGUUUUCUGGUGGAACUGAUACAACCUACACAGUUCUAGAGUGGGCAAUGACCGAAAUCUUGAGGCAUCCCAGAGUUUGUAGAAAAAUGCAAAAUGAGGUGAUGGAGAUUGCUAAUGGCAAACCACACAUCACAGAAAGUGAUUUAGAUAAAAUGCACUACUUGAAAGCAGUGAUCAAAGAGACACUUCGGCUACAUCCGCCAAUACCAUUACUCUCCCCUCGUGAAUCAACUGAAGAUGUUAAGAUAAUGGAAUAUGACAUAGAAGCAAAAACUAUGGUCUUUAUCAAUGCUUGGGCAAUUGGAAGAGACCCAGCAGAGUGGGAUGAACCAGAAGAGUUUCGACCGGAGAGAUUCAUGAAUUCUUCUGUGGAUUUCAAAGGUCAUGACUUUCAAUUACUCCCAUUUGGAGCUGGUAGAAGGGGCUGCCCAGGAAUCUUAUUUGCCAUGGCUACUAAUGAGCUUGUGUUAGCAAAUAUUGUUCACAAGUUUGACUGGGAAUUGCCUGCUGGAACAAGUGCAGAUGAUAUAAACAUGACCGAAUGCAGCGGUGUUGUUGCCCAUAGAAAAGUUCCUCUUGUAGCUGUCGCAAAACCAAGGUUUUUCUAGAAUAUUUCUGCUUCCAUUUUGAACUGGGAGGUCAGGUUUGUGUAGAUUUGUAUGUUAUCUUUCUGCGAAGAAUACUGUUUACACAUUAGACAACUUUUAAUCAUAUGCCUUGCAAUUGGCCUAUUUGGUAACA